GAAACGAUGAUUCUGGAGCGAUGGGAAGUUGGUACGCCUUUAACGCCAUUGGAAUAUUUCCAUUAGGAGGAACCGACAUCUAUCUAAUAAACUCACCAUGUUUCGAUAAGGUUGCCAUAUACCUUUCAACAUCACCAUUAAAAACAUUUACGAUUAUAGCUCAUAAUUUGACGGAUGUCAAUAUAUAUGUUCAAAAUGUAAAACUAAAUAACAAAGAAUGGGAAAAAACCUGGUUUCGGCAUAAAGACAUUUAUGGAGGUGCUGUAAUGGAACUACAGAUGGGAUCCGAGCCAAGUAAAUUUUGGGGUGUUAUUGGAGAUAGUGAAGAUAAUAAAGAAAUAGAAGAUAGGGUGGUCCCUCCUAGUAUGAGUGAUUAUAUAAAUAAAUAA